GCAUUUGACGUACGCCAUGCGGGAAAAUUUGUGUCUUCUCUGAUUUUUAAAAUGUAUUAGAAAAUAUUUGUAAUAUCACACCGAUUUGUUGCAAAUAAGUUGAAAACAGCUUGGCAAGCUCAGUGAUUAAGUUGUCAUCGGUAAAAGCAUUACAAGGACUUGUGGUGAGGAGUGCAGGUUAUGUUAAUCUUCCAUAAAGAUGGGCGAAGCGAAAUGUGCAAAAAGCGGUAAUUGCAAAACAGUUGCGUUGCGAUACCGAUUUAUACUCGAAAAUGUGGGUGGCGGAGAGCCGUCGUUACAAUUCCUCCCGCAUCCCAUCAUUAAACACAAAGUCGAUCCGCCACCGAAAAAAGAUGAAAAGGAAGAAGAACUGAAACCGGAAAAUGUAGAAUACGAAGAUGAUAUGGAAUACCUGAGAAGUUUAGACCCCAAGGACUGGAAAAGUCAAGACCACUAUAAGGUUUUGGGUAUACAGCAUUUACGACACAAGGCCACUGAGGAUAUUAUCAAAACAGCCUACAGAAAGAAGGUAUUAAAACAUCAUCCCGAUAAACGAAAAGCUCAAGGAGAGGAAAUUAAGGCUGACGAUGACUAUUUUACUAAUAUCACAAUGGCAUAUGAAACAUUAGGAACAAUUCAAAAGCGAAGAGCUUAUGAUUCAGUUGACCCUGAAUUUGACAAUAAUAUUCCAUCUUCAAGUGAAUUGAAAAAGGAUUUCUUUCAGGUAUUUCCAUAUUAUUUUGAAUUAAAUGCUAGAUGGUCAGAGAAACCAAAAGUUCCUAAACUAGGCACUCCAGAUUCAUCCAGAGAAGAAGUUGAAAAAUUCUAUUCAUUUUGGUAUGAUUUUAAGUCAUGGAGGGAAUACUCAUAUGAAGAUGAAGAGGAUAAGGACAAAUGUCAAGAUCGUGAUGAAAGGAGAUAUGUAGAUAAAUUAAACAAGGCAGAGCGACUUAGAAAAAAGAAGGAAGAAAUGUCAAGAAUCAGAUCUCUUGUAGACUUAGCAUAUAAUAAUGAUCCAAGAAUAGCAAAAUUCAAGCAAGAGGAAAAGGAUAGAAAAUUAGCAGCCAAAAGGGCCAAACAAACAGCAGCACAGGCCAAAAAAGAGGAGGAAGAAAGAAUACUAAAAGAAGCUUUACUGGCUAAAGAACAAGCUGAAGCUCUUGAAAGAGCCAGAAUAGAAGCAAAGAGACAAGAAAGAGAAGUGUUGAAAAAAGCUUUAAAGAAAGAAAGAAAGUUACUUCGGGAUACGUGUAAAGCAAAUAAUUACUAUGUAGAGAAUGGACAAGACAAUUUAAGCAAUAUCACCGCAGUAGAGUCAAUUUGCGAGAGUUAUUCAUUAGCUGAACUAGAAGAAUUAAACAAAGCUAUUAAAAAUAACGGUAAAUCUGCAUUUGUGAAAGCCAUCAAAGACAUGGAAUCGAAACGUGAGAAGGAAAUACAAGAACAACUUGAAGCUACUAAACAAAAAAAUGAACCAAAAGCACCUUCCCUGAAGAAAGUUGUUGCUGAAUGGAAUGAAGAAAACAUCCAGUUGUUGGUAAAAGCAGUAAACCUAUUCCCAGCUGGUACGAAUCAACGUUGGGAAGUCGUAUCGAAUUUCAUCAACCAGCACGGCAAAUUUUCCCCAGAUAGUACAAAAUUCAAUGCCAAAAUGGUGUUGGCAAAAGCAAAGGACCUGCAGAACACAAAUUUCACAAAAAAUAAUCUCAAAGAAACUGCCAACAAACAAGCCUUUGACAAUUUUAAGAAAGAUAAGAAAAAUGUGUUGAACAUUGAUGAAAGCGGCAUAUCCAAAAAAAUGGAAACGCUAAACAUGAACGGUGACACCAAUCCGGAACCGAAAGCGCCUAUCUCAAACACCAAAAUCACCAACGGGGACGCGAAAGCCACAAAGCCUGAAGCCCCUUGGACUGCAAACGAACAGCAAUUGUUGGAACAAGCCUUAAAAACGUACCCAGCCUCCACUGCCGAAAGAUGGGAUCGAAUCGCUGAAUGUAUACCCAACAGAUCAAAGAAAGAAUGCAUGAGAAGAUACAAAGAACUUGUGGAGACCAUCAAAGCCAAGAAGGCCGCUCAGGCAGCCAUCAAUAAAUGACAUGUGAUUGAAUCAGCAGGAUUUUUCAACUUUUAUUUAUUUGACUAUCCAACUAAUUAUUAGUUCAAUUAAUUAAUCAUUAAUUUAUGUAAUAUACGCAAAAUCCCUACUUUGUUAAUAAAAUUGUCUCAUAAUA